AUGAACCCCUGUCUAUACAUACUGCGGUUCUCGUCGCAGUUGCAGUUUGCGGAUAAACAACACGAGGUUAGCAUGACAGCUUUACGUCUAGUGCAGAGGAUGAAGAGAGAUUCCAUACAUUCUGGUAGACGGCCUUCGGGUAUUUGUGGAGCAGCCCUACUCAUAGCUGCUCGACUUCACGAAUUCAACCGAACACCAGCCGAUGUUGUCCGAAUAGUAAAAGUUCACGAAUCGACUCUUCGCAAGAGACUGCUUGAAUUCGGUGACACUCCAUCCAGCGCACUCACACUUGAGGAGUUCAUGACGGUAGAUUUAGAGGAAGAACAGGAUCCGCCUGCUUUUAGAGCAGCCAGAAAGAGAGACAAGGAGAGGUUACAGAAGUUGAUGGAAGAAGAAGAUGGUGAAAAAGAGUUGACCGAACUACAGAAAGAAAUAGAAGCCCAAUUAGAGAGGGACACGAACAAACGUAGAAAAGUUGCCGCGGUCAUUGGCACCUCAACCUCUUGUCUUGGAAUUGAAGAAACCAGUUUGGAAGAUGCUGAAGCAUCGCGGUUUGCCGCAGAAGAUGCAUUAGACCUCAUCGGAGAGCUGGCUUCUGAUGUGCAAGCUAAAGAUGAGGGGAAGAAUAACUUCAAGGUUGAAAAGGGACUUGGUCCCGACUUAGCCGUGAUUGGUCUUGGUCAACAGGAUGACAAAGAUAAAUUCGUGAAGCCUGAACCUAAACAGUUCACCAAGGAUCUUCAUAACGCUGAAGACUUGAUACUAGAACAGAAAGAUGAAGAGUAUAUCAAUUCUCUCAUCAUGACUGAAGAUGAAGUGAAACAUAAAGCUUUGCUGUGGAAUAAGGUCAAUGCUGGUUAUUUGAAGGAACAGAAAAUAAAAGAAGAAGUGCGAGCGAGAGAGAAGGAGGAGAAUAAAGAUCGCAAACGUAAAGUCCGCGGUUCCUACAAGAAACGGCUGCCUUGCAAUGCUUCUACGGCUGGUGAGGCUAUCGGAAAGAUGAUUGCGGAGAAGAAAAUCAGUUCUAAAAUCAAUUACGAUAUUCUCAAGAGUCUGGAUCAGCCGGGCACUCCGAUACCAGCACCUGCAACACCGAAGGAGACCACUGUUAGAUCUGAGUAA